CCAAACUCUCCUUCCUUUUUCUCCCCUCUCAACAAGCGAUCGAUCCCGUUUUGGGAAUCCGCGGUGGGUGAUGGUCUUUUUCUCUCUCCCGAUCACGUUCUCCUCACCAGAAACGAAUCCCCUAAGCGAUCCCGAUCCUCGCAGCUCCGAUUCUGCCGAGAAGUUCUUCCUUGAUGCUUUGUUGUUAGCUUGGCUGCUGUUGAUCUGGGAGUUGGCGUGAGAGAGAUGUUCGUGAGCAGGCCGGCAGUGCAACCCGUGGAGGCGCCGUCUCCCGUAAUUGCGGCCGAGAACCCGCCGAGGUUGAGGAUGAAGGAUAUCCAGGGCAUGCCGGGGACGGCCGGCGGCCUCGCCCUGCGCCUGUCUCAGUUUGGGUUAGCGGUCGCUGCGCUUGGCGUCAUGGAAUCCACCAGCAAUUUCGGAUUCGUCACUGUCUUCUGCUAUCUGAUUGCAGCAGCCAUCACGCAGAGCUUGUGGAGUAUCUCAUUAGCUUUUCUGGAUAUAUAUGCUCUUCUAGUCAAACGCUGCUUGCGGAAUCCCCGAGCUCUGUGUAUAUUUACCAUUGGGGAUGGGAUCAUAUCCACACUGACAUUUUCAGCUGCUUGUGCAUCUGCCGGCAUUACAAUUCUGCUUCGUGGUAAUGGCAGCAUAUGCUCACAUGAGCACUGCACAAGCUUUGAGACUGCCAUCGCCAUAGCCUUCAUCAGUUGUAUAUGAUUUCUUGCUAUGCACUUAGCAAAUGAUGAGAUCUGCAUCCAUUCAUACAUUCCGACGUGUCCAUCUGAGAAACGUACACCGAGCGCAGUCAAAGAGACGAGCUUGUUGAAAGUUAACGUGGAGUGUUGGAUCAUCUUAACCCUCUACUUUUAUUUGGAUGCAAAUGAAGAUUUCAACUGUCGAGCCAGGCUUCAAGCAUCAGACAUUGACAGAAGAAUGGCUAGGACGAGGCCGAGGUGCUCGAAAUCCUCCCUUGAUCUGCUAUCUCUCUUCUUCUUGCGGUUGAUCUUCUUCUGCCAUGCCCAGCAGCAGUCGUACACGGGCAACGAGCUGUUGAACUGCUUCGGCGCCAAUGACUCCUCCAAUCUGGGCUAUUCCUGCCAUGGCGGCACGCAUCACUCCUGCGCCUCCUACCUCACCUUCCGAUCCCAGGACGCCUACCAGACCCCGCAAGAGAUUGCAGACCUGCUUGGCGCCGAUGCCGCCAGCGUCGCCGCCAUCAACGGCAUCGAAGACACGACCUCGGUCGUUCCCCAGGGCGAGCUGGUCCUCGUGCCCACCACCUGCUCGUGCUCUGGCUUACACUACCAGCACAACGUCUCCUACACCGUGAAACCCGGUGACACCUACUUUACCGUCGCCAACAACACGUACCAGGGACUUUCCACCUGCCGGGCGCUCAUCGCCCAGAAUCCCUACGACCCCGUCAACAUCUCCAUCGGCGUCAGGUUUGUAGUCCCCCUCCGGUGCGCGUGCCCCACCGAGGACCAGGUUGCCGGCGGCAUCAAGUACCUGCUCACGUAUCUAGUCACUUGGGGCGACGAUCUCUCCUCGAUCGCCGGCCGGUUUCAUUCCGAGUUAUUGUUCCUGUUGAUGUAUCCCAACAACCUGACGGCCAACGCUACCCUCUACCCCUUCACGACUCUGUUGGUGCCCCUCGGAGAAGAGCCCACCAGGGUCUCCGAACCUGCCGCAUCGCCGCCGCCGCCGCUAGCUGAGGCAAGUGCUACAAUAACUAAUACUAAUCUCCGAAUCAAGUUGUCUAUCCGAUUCUUUGAUGUCUAAUAAUAUGCAUAGUGAGGGGGUAUUCGACGUGCAUGCAUGCCUCGAGUCGUCGGUUUGGAUCUGCUUUGCUCCUAUUUUGUAGCUAACCAUGCAAAAUUAUCAUCUAUCUUCUAAAUCUUUAGGAUUUUAUUGAAGUACUUUCGAUGUUUUUGCCA